CGGUGGAUGGAGGGAUCAAUAUGUUUCUUAACGCAGUGGCUUCGACGUUGAUCGGCAACUGAAUUUCAAAUCUCAACGGUCGUUUUCUUUAGAACCAAAAUAAUCACUCGCCGGAGAAAACGACAUGAUUCGAGCUUCGAAACCUAUAUCCCGCCUAAUCCCUGGCCAGUUUUCCGCGUUCCGGCAACUCCACUCGGGGUCUAGACGGCGUCGCUACUCCAAAAACGACAACGACGACGAUGAAAACGACAAGGGAACCCAUUUGUAUUUGUACAAGAGCAAAGGCCAGCAUCUCCUUACCAACCAAAGAAUUUUGGACACCAUUGUUCGAAAAUCUGCUAUAAAACCCACUGAUACCGUCCUUGAGAUUGGACCCGGCACAGGGAAUCUAACUUUGAAACUUAUGGAAGCGGCCAAUAAGGUUUUCGCCAUCGAACUCGACAGUCGGAUGGUCGAGAUUCUUGACAAACGGGCCUCGGAAAGUGGGUUACAAGAUCGGUUGACUGUUAUACGUAAGGAUGCACUGAAGGCCGAGUUUCCGCUAUUUGAUCUUGUUGUUGCGAACAUUCCAUAUAGUAUAUCUUCACCUCUGGUGGCUAAGUUGGUGUUUGGGUCAAUCCCAUUCAGGAGCGCCACACUUCUCCUUCAGAAGGAGUUUGCGAGGAGGUUACUGGCUAAGCCUGGCGAUUCUGAGUUCAACCGUUUGGCUGUAAAUGUGACGCUUGUGGCUGAUGUCGAGCAUGUGAUGGAUGUAAGCAGGAGGGAAUUUCUUCCUUGUCCCAAAGUGGACUCUUCUGUAGUCAUUAUCCGUCCAAAAGCUCAACUUCCAGAUGUUAACCUGGGAGAAUGGUUGGCUUUCACAAGAACCUGUUUCGGUAAAAAGAACAAGACACUUGGAGCUACGUUUAAGCAAAAGAAGAAGGUGGCAGAGCUGUUAAACUUUUCUGAAAUGGCAGCCUCAAAUGCAGAGUACAAUGUCAGUCUCAAUAACAUCAUUAAGGAAGAUGAUGAUGAAGAAAGUGCAGACAGUGAUGGUGAAGAAGAGUGCUGUUCAUGUUCCGGCUCCGAAAUUGGGGUGAGCCCUUUCAAGGAGAAGAUCAUGAGGGUUCUAAAAUCAGGUGGCUUUGAUGACAAGAGGCCUUCAAAGAUGUCAAACGAGGAGCUACUGCGUUUGCUAGCAUUGUUUAAUCAAGCGGGAAUUUAUUUCCAUGGCAAGUCAAAUAGUUUUUCAAAAGUGAGACCAUCUAACUAACAUCAAAGAGGAGUAGGUUGUUCAAGGAAAAACGAAAAUUUGCAUCGAAGCCUUUGAAUCAAUAUAUUCUUUCAAAUGAUAUCAUGCUAAUUAAAUGAAUUAAAAUAAUUGCCACAUUACAGCA